GCAAAAGCAGAAAAAAAUCAGCUGAUGAUGAGAAGACAUGAAGCUGUUCCUGCAGCGGAGAGCAGAGACCGGUUUGAUUGCCUCAUCUGAACCCGGUCCCGGUGUCCGGGGGGGUCCGGUUCUGCGCUCAGACUCUCCGCUCUUUGUCAGCCGGUUCACGCACGGAGACCCGGGGCGGGUUUGAGGGUUUUUCUCUGAAUGAAGCAGCUCCACCGGGGAGAGACUCGCUGCCUUUACGCGCUAAUGAUCCGGGAGUGUUUUAAUUUCUCGGGGUUUUCCGUUGAAUCCGCGCCGGUAGGAUUUAUUCCCUGCUGGAUUUAAUCACCUUUUGUCUGCAGGAAGAAGCGGCUGAUGCUGCGGUUCAUAGUGAAGUCACACUGACGGAGGAGUCACCGGAGCAGGUCUUUAAUUAUCACGUUUAUCUGCCUCUUAAUGCUGGUCUGUCUUCACGGGACUGUGGGAGUGCAGAAACAGCGCUGAUGGGAUUAUUUCACCUUAAACUGAUUUUCAUAUUAUUUUAUUAUUUCUUGUAAUUGGCUCUGGGGAACGGCUUUAAGGUUCCGCCUGCUUUUCUCAGUCUUUUGUGUGGAAUUGAUCUGUCAGCCUCCGGACCCUGUUAGUCUGCUCCGGUCCUGUCCCGGGUGGUCCCGGUGUGUCCCGGGCUGAGGAGCACCAUGCCCGAGUGCGUGUCAGUGUCCGAGUUCUUGCAGGAGGUCCAGGAGGACUGGAGCUCCCCCACCACCUCCUCCUUCACCUCCAAGAUGAUCAGCUGCAGGAACACCGUCUACCUGCUGGAGGAGGUUCUGGACAGUGACCGUUUGGUGUUGCAGAAGAUGAAGAAAGCUGCUAAAUCCAAAUACACAUCAGGACAAGACCACGUGUCUCACCUGGAGCAGUACAUUAAUGCGAUGGAAAAGCUGUCAGUCAACUGUCACUCAAACGGAGAGGCGGAGGUCGGCUCGGCCUUCUGCCGACUGGCGGACUUUUCUAAAGAGCUCCUCUCGCCAAUGAAGAACCUGUUAAAGAGCAUGCUCCACAACAUCAACUUCUUCCUGGACUCUCUGGUUAAAGGAGACCUGCGGGAGGUGAAGGGGGAUCUGAAGAAACCUUUUGACAGAGCAUGGAGGGACUAUGAGAGCAGAUUUAAGCAGGUGGAGAAGGAGAAGAGGGAGUUAGCUCGUCAGUAUGGGAUGGUGAGGAACGAGGUGAGCGGAGGAGAGAUUGCAGAGGAGCUCGAGAAGGAGAGACGCUCCUUCCAACUGAGCAUGUGUGAGUAUCUGAUUAAGGUCAAUGAGAUAAAGACAAAGAGAGGAGUUGACCUGCUGCAGAACCUCAUCAAACACUACCACAGCCACAACAAUUUCCUGCAGGAGUGUGUUUCCACCACUCAGAGGUUGAAGCAGUACAUGGAGGAGCUGAAUGGAGUCCUGAUGACGGUGAAACAGCGUCAGGAGGAGGAGAAGAGGCAGCUCGUGUCUCUCAGAGAUCAGCUGAGGCCGGUCGUCCACACCGAGCAGGACUCCUUACCAAAGCAGGUGUACAGUAUGCAUCAGCUGCUGGGAGACAAACAGUACGGGACAGAAAGAACAGGAUUCCUCUAUAAGAAGAGCGAUGGGUUGAGGAAAAUGUGGCAGAAGAGGAAAUGUUCAGUUCACAACUGUUACCUGACCAUCGCACACGCUACUCCUAACAAACCCCCGACCAGACUCAACUUGCUCACCUGUCAAGUUAAACCCAGUGUGGAGGACAAGAAAUGCUUUGACCUCAUAUCUCAUAAUCGGACCUACCACUUCCUGGCUGAGGAUGAACCUGAAUGUGUGGCCUGGAUCUCGGUGCUCAGCAACAGUAAGCAGGAGGCUCUGAGUGUUGCUCUGGACGGGGGGAGGAGAGGAGGAGGAGGUGGGGAGAGCAGCGUGGAGGAUCUGACCCGGUCCAUCACUGAUGACAUCAGACGGAUGCCAGGAAACAACAACUGCUGUGACUGUGGAGCUCCAGAUCCUGGAUGGCUCUCGACCAACCUGGGUAUCCUGACCUGUAUCGAGUGUUCAGGGAUCCACAGGGAGAUGGGCGUCCACGUCUCCAGGAUCCAGUCUUUGAGUCUGGACAGCCUGGGGACCUCAGACCUGCUGCUGGCUAGAAAUGUUGGUAACGCUGGUUUUAAUGAAAUACUGGAGGCAAACCUGCUGAGUCCAUCACUGAAGCCCUCCCAGCACAGCCACAUGGCAGAACGCAAAGACUUCAUCCUAUCAAAAUAUCAGGAUGUUCAUUUUGUGAGGCGGAGCCACAGCUCAACUGCAGCGCAGCGACUCGGCCUGCAGGAGGCGACGAAGAGCUGCGACAUCUACAGUCUGAUCCAGCUGUACGCUCAGAGGACAGAGCUGAGCCAGCCGCUGCACACACACAUACAGGAGAAAGGGGAGACAGCGCUCCAUCUAGCCGUCCUAUUGGCUGACAGGACGUCGCUGCACAUCCUGGACUUCCUGGCUCAGAACUGCUCCAACGUGGACAUGCAGACAUCAGCAGGAAACACGGCGCUGCACUACAGCUGCCUGCACAACAAGAGCGACUGUGUGAGACUGCUGCUGAGAGCCCGGGCCAACACACACAUCAAGAACGAGUUAGGAGAGACCGCUCUGGACGUGAGCCGCAGGCUGAAGCACGUCGACUGUGAGGCGCUGCUGCAGCAGGCCCAGUCCAACCAGUUCGAGCAUCACGUCCACGUGGAGUACGAGUGGAGGCUUCGUCACGACGAUCUCUACGACAGCGACGACGACUUUGACGACAAGAAUGGUCCGGUGAAGAAGGAGCGCUUCUCCUCUUCCUCAUCCUCCUCCUUCACCUCCUCCUUCUCCUUCUCCUCCCGUCCCUUCAGCUUUCAGUCCACCUCCUCCUCCAUCACUCCGUCGUCCGCUGGAGCAGCUGGAGGAGGUCUGCUCAGUGUGGGGAGGAGGCUCGCCAUGGCGAUGGAGCUCCACAGCCGUCCCUCUGGCUCCGCCUCCAGCCCCCCUCCUCCUCCCCCGUCCUCCCCUGCGCCUCCGCUGCCCCCGAGGGUCAAAGCUCCCAAUGUUCCUCCUCCUCCCCCUCCUGCUGGGGGGGAGGGAGUUGGGGAGGAAGACGAGGAAGAGGGGGAGGUCUUCUUCCCCCUGACAGGAAACAGAAAGUCGACCCCUCCACCUCCCAUCGCCGUCCGACACAAGAGGAGCUGCUCUGAGUCUGGCAAGCAGGAUUAUGGGUUGCCAACCAGCCCCAGGAUCUACAGCGGUCCAGACUCCUCCUUCAAGAAGUGUGUGCCAGCUUCUCCUCUCAGCUCGCUGGCUGAACGACCUGACAGAGGUUUUCGGAGGGCCGACAGUGACGGUAGCUCCUCCCACUUCCUGCACCCCGCUAGUAAAGCCCCGCCCAAUGGGUCUCCUACCAAUCAGCGCUCUCAGAGCUUUGAGAGUGACAGAAGAGGCCCCGCCCCCCAGCCACUUCCUCGCAGAUCAUUGCCUCGGGGUGCGACGAGCCGUCGGGUUGAGGCAUUGUAUGACUGCCAGGCUGAUCACCACGAUGAGCUGAGCUUCUCUGAAGGACAGGUGCUGGUAGUCCUGGGCCAAGAGGACAGUGAUUGGUGGCAUGGUUACAUAGAGGAUGAACCGGACCAGAGAGGUUUGUUUCCGUCCUCCUUUGUCCAGCUGCUCUUAGACUGAUGUGACCCUGGACGGAACCAGACCAGGACCAGUUCAGAUCCCGAGUCAACCUGGACCUCAGAAGAACCAAACCACGACCAAACCAGAUCAGUACUGAGCAGCAGAAGCUGAACAGAUGACCUGCGAUGGACCAGGUCAGACUUUUUUUUGUCCUACUCCCCCUCCCAGAUCUUGACUGAUCCGGUCUUGACCAGCUCCAGCAUCCUGUGAGUUCACACGAUCACGGUCCAGCCACAGUUCCUGUUGUCAGCCAUGUUUUAAUUGCAACCAGCAGUUCUUAUGCCUUCUGUUACCAUGGAAAUGUUACAGAUGACCUUUCAGUGAAGAAUCUGGACCAGACUAGAUCUCUAGGUCUCUAAGCAAGACUAGGUUAUGAGAUAAUGUUGCCAUGGGGACAGCCGCGCACAGAGAAAAUCAGCGAUAAUUCAAGGCUGAUGUUGAUGAUACUUUUAUUUAUUUAUUUAUUUAUUGAAAAUUAAAAUAUUUUAUUAAGCACACAGAUAGCGACAGCUCACUUCAAAAUAAAACAAUCCAUGGGACUUUUAUUUUGAAGUUCAACUGAACAACUUUUUUCUCUUCUAAUUUAUUGUUUAAUUAAUCCUGUGAAGAUGCCACAACAAAAGCAGCUUCUGUCCCAUUUCAGGCUCCGCCUCCUCAGAGGGGGCGGGGCUUACAAGGUCCAACAUGUGACCAGAGCACAAGGGAUUGUGGGAUACUGAAGACCGAGGGAUAAAUGGCAGUUGUCUGCUCUAAAUUCAGGUAAAAUCAGUCGGUCUGUAAAUGUGGGCGUCAGAGGAGGCGGAGCCUGAAAUGGAAUACAGCUGAUGCUUCCAGCUGCCUUAGAUGUCACAAGACAUCAACGCCUCAAUGAGUAAGUGCGGCAGCGUAUUGCCGCCACUAUUACAAAAUAAAUUGCUCAGUUUCUCGUUAAAACAAGCAAAAAUAUUUUUCACGCUUUAAUGGCAUUUUCUAUUUAUCACUACACACCAAAUAGUUCUGACUCAACGAGAAACAUUACCUGUGAUUAAGAAAAUGCAACGUGCCUCGCUAAAGCAAGAUAUAUAGACUAAUGUGUAGAGGCAGUGACAGUAACAUGACUCACAGCCUGUCCCAGCGGACACUGAGCUGAAUGUUUCUGAUGAUGGUGGCAGCAAUCAUCACUUUUACAGACGUUUCUCAGCAGAACUUUUCUCAUUUGAGUUUGAUUGUAUCAACUUUUACCUCCAGAGUUUUUGAUGUGGGAAGAAAAAAAACUCUUGACUCUUGUUUCAUGUUUUUUUUUAUUUCUUUCAGAGUGACUGUGGAGGAUUUGUGUUUUUUGAAAUAUCACAGUGCUUCUGUCUGUUUGGUUACUAAGAAUGAAUGAACUGAUGAUCAGCAGGUUGUUUGUUAAGUGAAACGGACAUUUCUCUCUCUUUUAUAAAACAGAGUCACAGUUUAAACAUAACAUGAGCUGAAUUAAAGCUAUGAUAACUGAACAUACGUCAUACAAACAUCUUGUUUGGUUAGUGGUUGUUGCUCUGCUCUAAAUCUACAGAUCACAUGGAAUUACCAGCAGCUGAAUGGUUGAUUUGAUUUAAUCUGCACCUUCCUGCAUUCUUGAAGGAAAUAAUCUCUAAAUUUCCAGACUGCAGGGAAUCUAAUAUGCACAAUUUUGGAUUUAUACUCUCGAUAAUCUUUUUUUUUUUUUUCAGCGUGUGCAAGUAAAUCUUUUUUACUAUAACAUAGCCUGCAAUUUCCAAAACAUGCAUCCAGAUGUCAAGUCCAGCUCAGGACUCCAGAGGCCUGCUGCUCUGUCAUUUAGUGGCUGAGUGUUCCUCAUUAGGUGGAUGAUUUCCCAGUUUACCAGCAGGAAGUUUUCCUGGAGAAGCCAACAAAGUGUUGAAUCUCAGCAGUGCAUGAAACCUAUUAAACUAAGCAGCAGAUGUUUCCGAUUAAACCACAGCUUUUGAUGACUCAGCACUCAGGUGCAUUCAGCCUGUGCAAGUUGUUUGAGACAAACAGGGUUAAACUCUAAACUGCAGCCGGGCUACCGACAGAGCAACAGCCUCCAGAAAGUGAUUCAGCAUUUAUGAUUAUUUAUAGAGGCCUCAGUCUGCUUCAAACGAAGUGCUUUGGGGAUCAUCUAACAGCGUCUGAAACCUCCCUUUCCGACAGCUGCAUCUGACAACUUUUAUCACUUCCAGGAGAGACUGUCUGAAAGUGUGCUGUUAUCCCCAUUUGUGCAUUGGGACCACAAAGACACAGAGUUGUUGGACAGAGUUCAGGGAGGUGGUGGGACACUGCCAGGAGUCUAUGCCUGCAGCCUUUUCACUCUGCUUUCCAGUGUGGCUGUUCGGAACAGUGGACAUGGUCAGACGACCCUUCAUGCAAACUACUUCUUUUCUGGCUGUUAGACGCUACACCAGCAAGUUUGUUUAAAGCUGACUGAGCUCUUUACUGAGCGAUUUCACACUGGCAGGUUAGUCUGAAUCUGGAAACAGAUCUUCAAAAAUUAUGUAAUGUCAAACGUUUUCAUGAUCUCAUACCUGCAAAGUCAAAAAACAAAAGUUGGUGUUGAGAGAGGAUUUACAGGUAUAUCCACUAGGGGGCAGAUCAGGUCUUAAUUAUCACCACUAACACCAGAUUAUGUUUGUUUUAAAAAACAACAACAACAAAAACAUUUAUUGCAAGAACACACAAGUUAACCUAAGAUUGUGGAUGCACUUACUCCGUAAAUGUUGUGAGCCAGUUGCAUUGGCUAGCAUUACUGGCAAAGGCACUAAAAUACAAGGUGCUGCUUACUAGUGCAAGAAUAUACUGCAGAAGAACUGAUUAGUUUGGGAAGUGGCAGAGCUACAGUGAUUGCGCAGAUUUUGCACAAAGUUUCUGAAAACAAAAUUUGCCAGAAAAUAUUUGUUGGCUUUUUCUAUGUGGAAAAAAUUAUGCAAAGUCUAAUUAAAAUGUUUGAAACGGAAAAUUAAAACAUUUUGGUUUUUCACAACCCUUAAAAAAUUAAAUGAUAAUGUGACAGAUGGACAACGGGAUAAAUUAAAUGCUGUUUUAAUCCAGAUUUAAGGCCAAAAUUCCCAGGUGUCCUAUUCUAAUGACCCACACUCAGCAUGAGGGUGUGUGCUGACAUCCAUGUACACACAGACACAGGCAUGGUUUGUCUUUGCUAAGCUGUUGUAGUUUGUUCAAAGUCUGCUGCUGGCCUUCACAUCCUCCACUGGUCAUGGGAUUAACUGCAUCUGGUUAAUGUGUAUCGUUAAUAAAAGGCACACUCAACACAGGACAAACAAAAAGCACAGUGAAAGAAACGACAUAAGUGAGACGAUCAAACUCAGAUUCAGACUCAACUCAAUGUGAAAACGUCCUAAAAACUCUUCGUUGUGUAAACGAAGCCACAAACAUUCAGUGACUGACAAUCAGCAACAGUAUUUGUACAUUCACAGUACAGGUGUGAAAGCCCUCUGCACACUGUCGUCUACCUGGACAAGGAAGUCCAGCAGACAGCAGACUGACUCCUCUGCUUCCUGCUGGACUUGUCAGUCUCUCUCAUAUGGUUGGUUAUUUUUGGUUGGACUUUAGUACAUUGCACUACAUCUUCCAUUCACUCAUGCACCGCACGCACUGAUGAUGUUACUAAUUGUUUGAUUUUGUCCUUGUUAUGAUUUGUUUAAUAAACCUUUAGUUCAAAGUCGUGCAGG